GCGUUUGGACAAGCCUACUCCAACCAUAAGAAGGUGGCUGCAGACGGGGAGAGCAGGGAGGAGUCUCUGAUCCAGGAGGCGGUGUGUAAGGAGGCCUAUUACGAGCAGCGGGUCCUGGAGCUGCAGAUGGAGCUCCGCCAGGCCCGUAACAUCCUCACCAACACCCAGUCAGAGAACGAACGCCUGACCUCCAUCGCCCAGGAGAUGAGAGAGGUAAGAUGAGAAAAAAGUGGGAGAAAGUACAGAUUCAGUAGCUAAAUCCUACUGUAGAUACGAGUUUGCAUACAGACUAAUAUACCCCACCUACACCUGGUAUUAAAAUGCAUCCUGUGAUCAGAUGAUAUUUUCUGGACAGCUGUAGACUAUAUUCACAAAAGACACAUUGUAAUCCUAUCAUGAUUUGAUCUAUACUGAACAAAAAUAUAAAACGCAACAUGCAACAAUUUCAAAGAUUUGACUGAGUUACAGGAAAUUAGGAUCUCACAUGACUGGGAAUACAGAUAUGCAUCUGUUGGUCACAGAUAACCUUUUUAUAAAAAGGUUGGUGCGUCAGAAAACCAGUCAGUAUCUGGUGUGACCACCAUUUGCCUCAUGCAGCGCGAUACAUCUCCUUCGCAUAGAGUUGAUCAGGCUGUUGAUUGUGUGGCCUGUGGAAUGUUGUCCCACUUCUCUUCAAUGGCUGUGAGAAGUUGCUGGAUAUUGGCAGGACAUGCGGAUCCAGAGCAUUCCAAACAUGUUCAAUGGGUGACAUGUCUGGUGAGUAUGCAGGACAUUUUCAGCUUCCAGGAAUUGUGUACAGAUCCUUGCGACAUGGGGCCGUGCAUUAUCAUGCUAAAACAUGAGGUGAUGGCGUCGGAUGAAUAGCACAACAAUGGGCCUCAGGAUCUCGUCACGGUAUCUCUGUGCAUUCAAAUUGCCAUUGAUAAAAUGCAAUUGUGUUUGUUGUCCGUAGCUUAUGCCUGCCCAUACCAUAACCCCACCGCUACCAUGGGGCACUCUGUUCACAAUGUUGACAUCAGCAAACCGCUCGCCCACACGACGCCAUACACGUGGUCUGUGGUUGUCAGGCCGAUUGGAAGUACUGCCAAAUUCUCUAAAACAACGUUGGAGGCGGCUUAUGGUAGAGAAAUGAACAACCAAUUCUCUGGCAACAGCUCGUGGACAUUCCUGCAGUCAGCAUGCCAAUUGCACGCUCCCUCAAAACUUUGUGUUGUGUGACAAAACUGCACAUUGUAGAGUGGCCUUUUAUUGUCCCCAGCACAAAGUACACCUGUGAAAUGAUCAUGCUGUUUAAUCAGCUUCUUGAUAUGCCACACCUUUCAGGUGGAUGGAUUAUCUUGGCAAAGGAUAAAUGCUCAUUAACAGGGAUGUAAACACAUUUCUGCACAAAAUUUGAGAGAAUUAAGCUUUUUGUGUAUAUGGAACAUUUCUGGAAUCUUUUAUUUCAGCUCAUGAAACAUGGGACCAACACUGUUGCAUUUAUAUUUUUGUUCAGUAUAAAUUCUAGUUAACCACCCCAUUACUGGAUUUGUUUUAUCGGACCAUUCAUGAUUGGAUUUGGUAAUAAAUAUAGACUGGGUAUAUGAGAUUAGAUCCUAUUGUAGACUAUUAUAUGUGCAUAUAUGUAAACAAAAUGACACUUGCACAUGCUCAACUACACAAUCGCUGAUAGACACACACACACACACUUUCCCCUUCACAGAUACGUAUGUGCGCACACGUACCCGUACUAGCAUUGAAGCUUUCCCAAUUGUCUAUACUUGUCGUCACUUGCACAAUGUUCACACCCAUACAUAUUUGCUAUACAUCCAGGUAGUUUAUUUAUACCCUAUCUGUUGCUACUAGACGACAGAUCCAGACUUGCCUGACUCCAGUGCUAGCAGUAGAACUCUGCUUGGCGUGUCCAGGCAGGACUAAUCACACCCUGAUGGUUUCAGCCCCUGUGGUGAACUGGCACAGAUCAGGCUGAUUGAACGAGCGCCAUAAUGGCUGUUGUACUGAUGUGGUCCUGUCUCUGCAGCCCUGGGGACCUGGGCGUGGCUGAAAUUACAGAGAGUAGAGAGCAGGGGAAUCUUAACGGCCUGUCUCUGCUGUGGCGUGAUGGAGGGAAAGGUUAACAACUGCUUCUUGGUUAAAGAAAAUUGUGAUAAAUAAAAAGGUAUACCAGUUUCAUUUAAGGACCAAACAAUUGACAGCUGUGCCAUACAAAUUGCAAAAUAGUUGGGAAGAGAUUUUCGAUGUACCGAUUCCAUGGCACAUUGUUUAUAAACUGAUACACAAAACGACGCCAGAUUCAAAACUUAAGAGUUUUUAAAUUUAAAUGUUUAUACAAAAUUCUUGCUACCAAUAGAAUGUUAUAUAUAUGGGGGACAACCAUUCCAGCUCUGCAGAUUUUGCUGCGAAGAGAUCAGAUCAGAUCAUUUGUUUUGGGACUGUCCAUAUGUAGCUUGUAUUUGGUCGCAGGUUCCGGAAUGGCUAAAGAAUUUGAAUAUUUACCUGGAGUUAACGCUGUAAAUAGCACUGCUGGGUGAUUUAAAAAUUUAUAGUCAAUCGAUCAAUAAUAUAAUAAUACUCUUAGCAAAAAAUGGUAUCUUUAAUUUACAAUCCGUAGAAACUAUGAGAAUAGAAAGGUUCAGAACUUUUGUGAAACAUCACAGCACAGUUAUGGCAAAUAGAAAUCAAAACUGGAUGGUGUUCAGAGAUAGAUGGGGAGGGUUGAGGGGAGCUGAAGGGUGGGACUAAAAACCACGAACCCGUCCUCCCCAAUUAAGGUGCCACCAACCUCCUGUGGUAUAUAGUAUGUAUAAGCUGGAAGUAGAAGCCUAAGUGUUGUUGGGCCAUUAGUUUACUAAAAUUAGGGGAGGGGUGGUAGUGUUAGGGGAAAACAAUAAACAAAAAUAUGAAGGAAAAAAUAUAUAUAUAUACAGUACCAGUCAAAAGUUUGGACACACCUACUCAUUCCAGGUUUUUUCUUUAGUUUUACUAUUUUCUACAUUGUAGAAUAAUAGCAAAGACACCAAAACGAUGAAAUAACACAGAUAGAAUCAUGUAGUAACCAAAAAAGUGUUAAACAAAUUAAAAUAUAUUUUAUAUUUGAGAUUCUUCAAAUAGUCACCCUUUGCCUUGAUGACAGCUUUGCAAACUCUUGGCAUUCUCUCAACCAGCUUCCCCUGGAAUGCUUUUCCAACAGUCUUGAAGGAGUUCCCACAUAUGAUGAGCACUUGUUGGCUGCUUUUACUUCACUCUGCGGUCCGACUCAUCCCAAACCAUCUCAAUUAGGUUGAGGUCAGGGGAUUGUGGAGGCCAGGUCAUCUGAUGUUGAAAAACCCCCAAAUGAUAGUCCCACUAAGCCCAAACCAGAUGGGAUGGCGUAUCGCUGCAGAAUGCUGUGGUAACCAUGCUGGUUAAGUGUGCCUUGAAUUGUAAAUAAAUCACAGACAGUGUCACCAGCAAAGCACCCCCACACCAUAACACCUUCUCCUAAAUGCUUUACGGUGGGAAAUACACACCGCGUCUCACAAAGCCACGGCGAUUGGAACCAAAAAUCUCCAAUUUGGACUCCAGACCAUAGGACAAAUUUCUACCGGUCUUAUGUCCAUUGCUCGUGUUUCUUGGCCCAAGCAAGUCUCUUCUUCUUAUUGGUGUCCUUUAAUAGUGGUUUCUUUGCAACAAUUCGACCAUGAAGGCCUGAUUCACACAGUCCCCUCUGAACAGUUGAUGUUGAGAUGUGUCUGUUACUUGAACUCUGUGAAGCAUUUAUUUGGGCCGCAAUUUCUGAGACUGGUAACUCUAAUGAACUUAUCCUCUGCAGCAGAGGUAACUCUGGGUCUUCCAUUCCUGUGGCGGUCCUCAUGAGAUCCAGUUUCAUCAUAGCGCUUGAUGGUUUUUGCGACUGCACUUGAAGAAACUAUUGAAAUGUUCCGUAUUGACUGACCUUCAUGUCUAAAAGUAAUGAUGGACUGUUGUUUCUCUUUGCUUAUUUGAGCUGUUCUUGCCAUAAUAUGGACUUGGUCUUUUACCAAAUAGGGCUAUCUUCUGUAUACCCCACCUACCUUGUCACAACACAACUGACUGGCUCAAACGCAUUAAGAAAUUCCACAAAUUAACUUUUAAGAAGGCACACCUGUUAAUUGAAAUGCAUUCCAGGUGACUACCUCAAGCUGGUUGAGAGCUGGUUGAGAGAAUGCCAAGAGUGUGCAAAGAUGUCAUCAAGGCAAAGGGUGGCUAUUUGAAUAAUCUGAAAUAUAAAAUAUAUUUUGAUUUGUUUAACACUUUUUUGGUUACUACAAGAUUCCAUAUGUGUUAUUUCAUAGUUUUGAUGUCUUCACUCUUAUUCUACAAUAUAAAACAUAGUAAAAAUAAAGAAAAUCCCUUGAAUGAGUAGAUGUUUCCAAACUUUUGACUGGUAGUGUAUAUAUAUUUAAAAUAAUAAAUAUAUAUAUAUAUAUAUAUAUAUAUAUAUAUAUAUAUAUAUAUAUAUGGGGUGUUGGAAAUAAUGCAGACAAUUACAUUGAUAGAAGACACAAUCUAUUUGCAAUAUUAAAGCUGAUCCACCACUAAAAGAAAUGCUUCUUGUGAAAGGCAGAUAAUACUUGAGUAAAACCUCUACUAUUGGCAAACUAGGCAUAUCAGGCAUUAUGCAUAGUAUAUCUAUUAUGGUUACAGGUUAAUUGUUGCUUUAGUAAUGCAUUAAUGCUGUGGCACUGGUACAGGCACAAGGCCCUGAGACUAUCAGCAGUGCCCAUCAGCCAGCCCUGGCGUCAUUGGCGUGCCUCUCCUCUCACAUCAGAUCUGACAUCCUUCCCUGGCUUGAGAGCGCCAGCCGUGCCACCUGCCUGCCCUCUUAUCCGCUGAGGGCCAGAUAAGAGCCAGUGAGACGCCACACACAACUCGCAUCCCCUCACACACUGCCCCACUAACACACAUACACCCACAUUGUCUCAGAGCCAUCAGGUCAUACAUCCCCAAUCAUCAUAAUAGCAGCAUUUAUCGUCUGUGUCUGUCUUUUUCAUUGAAAUGUCUUUUACAUUCAGGCCUAAUUAGCCUCAUUAGCGGGGACUGCGUGUAUGUGUGUGUGGGCGUAUGUGUGCCUGUGUGUACAGAGUGUGUGUCGGGGCUGAGCCAGCAGUGAAGAGAUUGAAAUAAUGAGAGGGGCCGGCAGAUUGAAAGGGGGCCCGGCCCCUCUUGGGGAGGUGGGAGCUUUGAGCCCGGCUGUCUGACACAAGGAGAGGGAGAAAGAAAGAGAGGGAGAGAUAGAAGUAGAGAGGGAGAGGAGAAAGAGAGGUCACCUUUAGAUUGUCCUGUUUGAUCUGAAGGGCUGUGUUCUCUUAGUAGGAGGUAUUAAGGGUGAAAUAAUGAGGAGGGAUUUCUGAAACACCGGCUGCUGAGGAGGGACAGGAGAGGAUGAGGGUAAGAAGAUACAGCAGUACUUCAUCUCCAUAAGUCUAAAAACUGUAUCUCCUUCUCCUGUCAAACUUAUAAAAAAUAAAAAAAAUCUCAGAGUUUUAUUUUGUCAACAGAAAAUUAUUGAAGCAUAUCUCUCCCUCUCUCCCUCUCUCCCUCCCUCCCUCUCUCCCUCUCUCUCUCCCUCCCUCCCUCCCUCCCUCCCUCCCUCCCUCCCUCCCUCCCUCCCUCCCUCUCUCCCUCUCUCCCUCCCUCCAUUUUGGGACUCAGCAGAUUUAGUUAAUCUUUGCUGCUCAAAUUAGUGAUUACUCCGGCUCUGGGAGGGGAGAGGGUCUGAAGGCCUCCCUGUCUGAGGGAGUUUGACACCCCGUCUGUUUGGAAACAUGUCUGUGGUGAGCUAAACAAAUCCUCACACGUUGCUUUCAGUCUGCCGUUUCUUACGGACAUUAGGGUAAAAAAAUAAAACAAGUACUUACACUUUUCGGCAGGCCCCAGGAUUCCUCUAGUAAGUAGGCCAGUUGCUACUUGGCUCUGUUGACUGAAACAAGUCUUAAGAUUGGCUUUAUAGAAGCCCGAUGUCUUUCUCCAAACAUAGCUCACGUUUGACUUAGGCUGUGUGCUUGUCUGCCGUACCAGAAGAAUCAGCCCCCACUUUAUGAACACAUUAAUCCACUUAUUCCUACAUACAUGCACUUACAUCACUCUUUCUCUGUGAAUACGGAGAAGCUGAUUUUAGCACCAUAUUAAUGCUUGGAGCCAGUCUUCAGUUUAGUGCUGUUACCGGUGCUCGACUGGUGCCCUUGUGUGUGGCUCUGUCUGCCUGCAGGGGCCAACCCCAUUGUGAAUGCAGGCACACACACACACUGGUGCAGUGGCAUGGUGGGCAGCCAGGGCUAAUUGCCUAGAUGGAGGGGGUUGGAGUGUAAAUCUCACUAUGUAUAGGAGCUAAUGACACCCAUCUACUGGCACUUUAUGGGCAGAGGUAGCCAGCAGAAGGCGGGCAGCGGGUGGGAGCCAGGGCACUGAGGCUGGUAUUGUGAUGGGGACUGAGGACUCUGAAAGAACCCUUUGUCAGCUGGCUUUCAAAUUAGGCAGCUAGGGAUGGAGGGAGAAAGGGAGCGGGUGGAAAGAGGAGAAUCAAAUCCAUUAGAGGAGGAGAAAACAGAGACUCCUAAAUGUGAUGUGUUUGUUUCUUUUUCUGGGAAAUGCGUGGCAACCCUGAUUUAGUCAAGGGGAUGGUUUUAUCCCAAACCUCUGUCAGUUGAUUUGUCAUGAGACUCCUCAGACAGAGUUGGGUCGCCUUGUGAUUGUUGACCUUUUUUCUCUAUGAGAGAUUUGGAAAUAUAGGUGAACGAUGGGAGCUUUCAGAGAUCAAUUUAAUUCAAUAAACUGUAUUCCCCAUGGGCCAAUUAUUACUGGGGUUCAAAGUGGGAGUCUAGACAACAUAAACUAGUAUUGAUACAGUACCCAUCGGAUGCAAAGGGUCUUUAUGUGAUAAAUAAUUGUCCGACAGGUUCAUAAGGCGAGGCCGUUUUCAUGAGGUAAUGACCCCAGUGCACCCCAAUAACCUUCCAUGCUCAAUUAAUCAUCCAUCACAGUUAACCUAUUGCUAGUAAAAGCCUAUACACUACUCAGACCUAUAAAACAUCUAAAAUGGCAGCUGUCUAUGAUUGACUGUCUGAGAUAUCCUAUGAAUGCAUUCUCAAUCCUGUAGCCUCCUCCCUUCCCCUCUCUUUCAAUUGAUCAUGUUUAACAUACUGCCGGUAUACGGUGUUCAUAUGUCACAUAUAGAAGCGUCUGCCAUCUGUGAGGCCCAUCGACACCCAGCCAGUGACUGAAAGCCUUGGGCAGUGAUAAGCCACAAUUCUCUGCCACGGUGCGAGCUACAGUACAGGAUUAAAGCCAUACAAUGGGCCAGUAACAUAUAAAAGGAGGCACGCGGUAAUGACCGUGACUCCAUUAGACUCAAGCUCUCAUGUCGCAGGCUGAAUCUGUGCCGCCGCCCACGCUCUUUUCAACACUCACAGAAUUCCCAUAGCGAGCCGCUCAAGAACUUAACUAAUUCACUCACAGCCACACAAAGACGGAUUCGUUAUCAUUACACUGUUUAGUGUCUAUUCAGACAUGGUAGCAGAAAACCCCUUACAGAUACACUGUAGAGGACGGGGAUAGACAGUGUAGUCGUGUAGCCUGCACUACUCCCUUAUCUAACUGUCUGACCUGUAACAUGUAACAUUCACAUUUUUUCUCCCCCAUAUACAUUACAUUAGUGAGCUCUGGCUUAGCCAAUCAGAGUAAUGAGCUGGUCAUUCAGACGUGAUAUAUGAUUGGUUUUUCCGCCUCAUUCGACUCUGUGGGUAGACCUCUCAGACGUUAAGCUGCCCCUUUAAUUUCACAAGCUCAUUUAUAACUCUUAAAUUAGCUGGAUUAUAGACCAGACGGAACGAGGGAAGGAGAAAAAAGAGUGAGAGAAAAAAAAGGGUAAGAGCUAUUCUGGUGGAGGGAGAGAAGGCUGAUAGUAGACAGUUUGAUAUGUAUGCCUAUUAUUACACUGCUGUAUCCACAGUUUAUAUUCUACCCUUUAACAAUCAGCAACAUUUGAUCUAGAAAAUGCUCAAGGGCAAGAAUGGAGGUCCUAGAAUGUCAGAGGUUGGGUUGUAGGGUUUUUAUAAUAGAGGAGCUCUUUGAAGGAGAUGGUGAAUAGUUGUAGAAUGAUGACAGGGACGGCGGUUCUUUCUCCCUCCUAAAUAUUCGCUGACAUGAGCCCAAUAUAAUAAAGGUGUCUUCUACCUUGUUGUCUCUAGUCAGGACUGUCAUGAAUGAUCUCCUCCUGUGUUGUGAUAGGGAGAGAAGGAGACCAUUUUAAAUAGACGCGAAUAUACAAUAGUUGAUAGAGUUUAUAUUGUUUACCUUUAAUCAGAAACAUGAUCAGAAAAUGCUCAGGAGAGAAUGGGGAGAAUGUAGAAGAGGGAAAUGUAGUAGAGAUAGAGGAAGAGAGAGAGAGAGAGAAGAGAGAGAGAGAGAAUAGAGAGAGAGAGAGAGAGAGAGUAGAGAGCGAGAGAGUAGAGAAGAGAGCAGAGAUCUCUCCUCGCAUCUCGCUGACGGACGAUCCGUGCUUCGAUCUACCGCUGCCCUUGCUCCCGCCGCUCUCGCCUUCCCUCGCUCCGUCUCCUCUCGCCUCCUCGCUCGCGCGCUCUCUCUCUCUCUCUCUCCACAUCCUCCUCUCGCUCCUUCCCUCCUCCACCCUUCCCAGUUCCGUCUGUCUCUCAGAUUGAUGACUAUUUAUAGUCACUAAAGUAUGGCUCUCUUAAAUACCUUUAAAAGAGCUGCCAUUGACUCAUAAUGAAAUGUGUAUUUUCGUAUCUGAUUUAAAGGGCCGGGCUUUGAAAGUGUGUCACACUGAUUUAAACCAGUAACACCAAAGUGGUUGUUCAUGUUGAAUCGAUAGGCUGGUAGUCAGUCUGUACAACAGCGGUCAGGCAUGCGCCCACGCACUACAGUUCACACUCCAGUGCACAAACACUUGCACAGACCCCCCCCCCCCCACACACACUUAUGCACAUACUGUACAUCACACAUUUAUGACCCCUGGACACACACAGAAACACUCAUUCACAUGCAUGCCCUAUAUCACCUCACUAGACUUACACACAAACACGACCACACACAAAGGGAAGACUAGAGAGAUCGGUUCUUUUAGCUUGAUCUUUUCAAAGCUUUGAACGUGACCUUGAGUGUGUUUGUCCCAGUCACAGUGACUGGGGUGUCGAAUAGAAUGACAAUCGCUCCCAGCAAAAAGCUGGAUAAAAGAAUAACUAUUUUCACUCAGAUUCUGACAAUACAGCAAGACUUCAGACCUACAGUAUUCCUAUAGAGCCAUAGAAUUGUCUCUGUACAGUAUGUGUGUGGUGGGGGUUGUGAGAUGGUAUGUGUGAUUCCCUUCCUCCUCGUGUCUCGGUAAUCCAGCUGUACUGGGCUGAAUCAUUUCAAUUUUCCUCAUUCUGCUCUAUAGGCUUCUCUACGUCUUCUACGGCUCUGAGCAACACAAUGUCACUAGACAUCUAUCUGUCUUUAAACAGAGCUGGACAAGGCUGCUCCUGUCCAUGUAAUACAUAGAUCUAAUUGAGUUGUUUGACCUGGAAAGAGAACUCAAGGGUGACUGUUCGAUAUGAUUCACAUCCUCUAAAAUCUUAGGGAUACACCGAGAGGAGAGGGGGGAUGCGAAAUUAAGCCAGGCAGCGAAAUUAAGCCAGGCUGCGAAAUUAAGCCAGGCAGCGAAAUUAAGCCAGGCAGUGCUGUCAUAUCAGUAAUCUCGCCUCGUGCCAUCUGGGAAUCUCGUCCCUUAUCUUCUUUCCAGGGAAGGGAAAUGGGAAAAGGUAAAUGUGGGAUUUUACGGAAACACACACCAGAUAUCCCAUAGUAUUAAGACCAACUCAGACUAACCACAGUUUCAAAGCCCACCUAAUCGACAGUAGUGUUAAGCUCAAACACUUUAGGCGUCAACUCAAAGCUUUGCUGAGCCGUAAGCUGGUUAAGACUCAGUAUGCUGUAAAAGGCCGUUUUAGUUGUGAAAUUGGAGCUGGAGAAAGUUAAGUGUUGAGUACAGUCCCAGUAUGACUGAAUCAGCCGACCUCUAGAAUCGACUGAGCUAGUGCUUCCGUGUCUUCUACAGCGGCACUCACUGCAUCCCCUACAGAGAGACGAUUAGACCAGUCAAGGACUUUUCAAUAGUACUCAAACGUCCUACACGCAUACAGUAUACUGCACACUAGGCUUCAUCUAACACACAGCUACAUGCUCCUACUUACACACACAUUAACAUGAAUGAUCUGAAGCAUUAGCCAAGCACACACACUCCCUGGUCAGGUGGGUUUGAGUGUGUGAGUAUGGCAGCUGGUUUGUCCCUAUAGUGGCAGCAGGCGGGGGGGGGGUCUUCAUAAACCAUACAUCUGUUUAUGCUAAUCAGAGACCUCCCAUUGACAGGGUCCUUAAAAGGUGGCACGUCAAACAUCAAUAAAACUAGACCCCCCAUCUCCUACCCCCUGUGCGCCUGUCGCUAACACCCCCAGGGGAGGGCUCCGUCAUUUGCCUGAGUAAAUGUUAUUCACGCAGCCACCUAACCCCCGCUGUGUAACUAAGGCUCACCUUUUCUGUCAGGGUGAGGACCUCUGGGUGGCCAGUGAUGGCGAGGGCAGAGUGGGCUCUUACGGACAGCAGGGUCGAAGGUCAAAACCCUCGUUUGCAUCCUAAUCAGUUUGAGGAGCCUCUUAAUCAGUUUGUAUGGUGGUUGCUAUUCAUUAAAGGGGCAAUCAGCCGUUGCUACCUCAAGCUCAUUUUUUUCUUAUAAAUUAAUAAUAUGUACCCAUUGAGUCUUAUAUAUAACAUAUAAAUGAGCUUAGUUCAACUGUCGUACCCCAGCAGAACCCAAAAUAUAAGGUUGUUUUACUCAUAUUUGUAAACAAAGUGAAUGUAAACAAACACCAUAUAGCCUCAAAACAUGGUUAAAACUAUAAUUUUGAUAUAUGUAUGGUCAGUCCUUGCAUCCAUUGCUCUGUCUAUGAAUUUAAGAGUGCUUAUAUUUCUCCAGCCCCAUCCCUCAGCUUUUUACUGAAACAGGGGCGGGGACACACUUUGUUAUUGUUUCUACUGCUGAUUGCCGCUUUAAGGCCAGACAGCACUGACCCUCCAGCUGAGACAACUGACCCUGGGGCCUUGGCCUGAAGAGACCUGGACCACCUGGCUAUCUUUGUCUAUCCUUAACAUAAAAAAUCCCAGUGGAGUAAAUUGAAACACUACAUGGCAGUUGCACAGAUCUAGAUUGUGUUAACAUAGAUGUAUCUUACUCAUGGACUCUACUCUUAGACUCUCUCCAUUGAAAGUGCUCUUAAAUCCAGAAGUGGGUCAUUGCCAUUAAAAUGGCCUUAUUUCAACCGUGUGUGCAGAAAACUGCAGUCCUGAAGCUGACCAAAUUAGGUUUCUGAGAAACGUGUCACUGGUGUCACUGCUAAAUUGGGGUGUGUAUAGGGGAAGCUGAAUUACAUUGCUGGAUAUUGUUGAUAUGGUUCAACUAACAUUUGUCAGAAUGUCUCGUAUGGGACUUGAGCACAGCGGUCAUGUAAUUUACAUUUAACAGAUAAGCAGGCAAGAGCCCUUCUACAUUUCAAAUUUCCUCAUUAUAGUCAUUAUAUUAUAGAGCAGGCGUACUCAAGUACUAUUUGAGAAGGUCCAGUGACACAAAUUUCCUAGGUGGCAAAAGGUCCGGAUGGAUAUCGUCCUUUAUCGGCGCUGUGGUACAGCGUAGUAACAAACACAGUGGUCUCCCGAGUGGCGCAGUGCUAGCUGUGCCACUAGAGAUCCUGGUUCGAAUCCAGGCUCUGUCGUUGCCGGCCGCGACUGGGAGACCCAUGGGGGGGGCGCACAAUUGGCCCAGCGUCGUCCAGGUAGGGGAGGGAAUGCCGGCAGGGAUGUAGCAUCAGUGCUAGAGCAUGGCGUUUGCAACGCCAGGGUUGUGGGUUCGAUUCCCACGGAGAGUGAAAAAUAAUAUAUGCCUGGAAAGCGUCUUGCAAAAGACUAAAGUAAAAUGUAAGUUGUCUACGACUUAAGAAACGUUGUUUUAUAAAAUCUACAUUAAUGAGACAAAAAGUUUGAAUUAUUACAACUUAUUUCGAAUGUAAACAUGUGAAACAUUGUAUCAACAUUGCUGAAGAAAAAGUGGUUGCAUAAUUGUCUAUUCAAAGUCACUGUGAACCAUUGUACAUGGGCCUUGAUUAAAUAUAUAUUUUUUAGAAAUAAAAAAGUGCAAUGUUUUUCUGGAGAACAAGACAAAACUAAUCAUCUGAAUGCGCAGACGUCACUGUUGCCAUCAAUAUUCAUGUAAAUCAACUCUGGGCCUUGUAAUUGUCAUGUCAGAAAUGACACUUUGUCUCCUGCCAAUGCUUUGAACUUUGGCACAAAUGGUGUGAGAGCAACUCUGAGACACUGGUGCAGGUAUUCAUUGGUGAGCCUGGUGCUGUAUUUUUUUUUUUAUAGUUAAUUGUGCAGAAGGCUGAUUCACAGCUGUAUGUGAAGCCAAACAUGGUCAGGAUGUCUAGCGCCAGUUUCUUGAGAACAGAGACAUCAGCUGUAGGCACCAUCUUUCCCCAGAAAGUGACAAGGUCACAAUCACCAGCGUGCUCCUUCAUUUCAAAGCAACAUUUUCUUGCAGCUCAAUCAACUCCACUUGCAGUGAUGCAACAUCUACCCAUCUGAAGAUCUGUUUUGCUUCUUCUGACAUCUUUGUCACAUUUGUGACCAAGAAGGGGUUCUGGAUGAGCAGCAGCAGUUAUUUUCCAACAGUGAAGUCAUCAAAGUGAGCCUUGAAGUUCUCCAUCAACUUCUGGAUGAAAAACGUCUCCCUGCAUUUGCACCAGAAGAUUGGGGAAGUGGACAAGUUCUCCCUGGAGAUCAUUCUUGAAAAGCUCCAAUUUCUUCUGGAAAGCCCAGACUGCUGUUAUCAUAUCACACACUGUGUUGUCCCGUCCCUGCAGCUUAACAUUCACUUGAUUAAGAUGUGAUGUAAUGUCUGUCAAAAAUGCAACUGUUUCCAUCUUCUCCUCAUCUUCCAAAAACACAGAAAACUGAGUUGCCUUGUCACUCUUUUGCUCUGAUAAGAAAGCUUUGAUUUCCUCCUGAAUGGCCCAAAAGCGUUCCAAAACACUGCCUUUGCUGAGCCAUCUGACGUUGUUGUGCAGUAGUAAGUCAUCAAAACUGGCAUUGGCCUCUGUCAGAAUGCCUCAUAACAGGCGGUGUUGUAGGUAUGAUGUUGCUCUCAAAAGGUUGAUCAGUUUCAUCAUCGUUGUCAUGACUUCAGAAUACUCUUUUCCCAGACUGGCACACAGGACAGAUUGAUGGAUGAUGCAGUGAUAUGAUGUCAGGUCAGGGUGGUCCUCUUUCAAACGUGCAACUAGUCCCCUCCCUGUUCCUAUCAUGGCUGGAGCUCCAUAUGUGGUGAUGGAGACCACUGACUUCAGAUCUAUCCCCCUUUUUGUCAGAAUCCCUUUGAUGGCCUCAUGGAUAUCCUCUCCCAGUGUGUGUGCAUCUAGAUGUGUUAAGCACAACAGCUCCUCACAGAAUUCUUUCUUUGUUUCGUUAUAAAAUCUGACAAACACCAGAAGCUGGGCAUUAUCAGUGUUAUCUGUUGAUUCAUCCACAGCUAAUGAAAUGCAUGGUGCAUUCUGAAUGGCCUCAUCAAGUUGUGAAGUUAAAUCUUCAGCUAAUAUUUAAGUUAUUCUCAUUGCUGUGGAAUCUGACAGUGGGAUCUGUUGGAUCUUUUCCCUGAGCUCAUCUUUUUGUUUACCUUCAAGCAAGGUGUCAGCAGCUUCACAAAUGCCUGCUUUUACCAUCUCAGCGUCUGAAAAUGUUUUUUUUUGCCGUUUUCCCAAAACCCAAGCUAUCCUCAGUGAACACUCCAUUGCACGUUGUUGGGCUGUCAGGGAAUAGACAAGGACUUUGAUGGAGCUCUCAUUUUUGGGAUUUGAGUUGGUUAAUCUGGUUUGUUCUCACCUAUGUGUUCAGGGGAUACGUCUGAUCCAAUUUACUAUGCCUGGUGUCAUAAUGGCGCUUAACAUUGGCACUUUUCACGAGAGCUACGGACUCACUGCUUAUCAGGCACAUUGGUUUUGUGCUAGUUGCGGGGAGAAUGAAUAAAUACUGUUCCAGCCACUCGUCUUUGAAUAUACGUAUUAUAUUAUAAUAAUAUUACACCAUAUAUAUUUUCAGAGUCAACUUUUUUUUUUAACAAGCCAUAUUAACAAAGAUACUGGUAACUAUGCUCCGUCUAUCUGUGAUAUUUACAGUUGAACCGCGGUCAAAUCUUUCUGUUUCUUUCUGCCUGCUUGUCCCAAGGUUCCGCAGAGGAUAUUUUGAUUAUGUGAUUGGGUAAGACAUGGCCUCUUGUAUUUGCAUAUAACCACAAGAUUGGAAUAGACGGGGCACUAGUAGAGGCGGGCAUUGCUUCGAGAGAGAGACAGCGAGAAAGAGAGGUUGCUGAGUUAAAGAGGCCGCUGUGCCCGGUUGAUUUUUUAAAGCUGUCUAAAAAUAAUGUGUUGACUUUUAUAUAACAAAAUGCGAUGUUGUCCGGUCCGGAUUGACCCUUCUCUGGGUCCGGACUCGGACCGUGGUCCGCCAGUUGAGUUUGGCUGUUAUAGAGCCUAACCCUUCAGUUACUUUUUAGCCUCAAACUGUCUUUUUAAGUGUAGCCUACCAUCUACAGUAAGUUUGUUAAUCAGUACUGAAAGAGUGUGGAGGAUUGAAAACCAGAAAAGCGAAAAACACUAACAUUCAAGUGCACUGUCAAGUAAGUCUAGACUCUAGGUAAUAGUUUAGCUACAGUAGUUGUAUGGGCGAUUGUACAGAUUUGUUCAGUCCUUUCUGCCUUCACAGCAGUAGAGAUGUAAUUACAGUAUUGUAAAGUAGGUCUGAUCUUGUAUGGUAAAACAUGCAUUAUUCAUUAGUGCACCAUCAUUUUCACACAGGCACUAUAGACUACGCCCAAGCUCAUUAUACAUGCACACUGUCUCAUGAAUAUCCAUGAGCCUUCACCCAACCAUCAGCAUCAAUCGGGCGCUGCACUUGGUGAUUAAUUAUUACACAGCGCUAAUGAGGAGCAUGUUCUUCCUUCUCCAGGGAUUUUGCUUUGCUCUGAAGAUGUAAUGGCAUCUGUAAGCUAAGCUAAUAAUGGCAUGAAGUCCUAUUAGAUGGGUAAUGGAGAGUAAAAAAAGUAAAAUUGGUUGAUUGUGUUAAAGUGAUGAGUCAAAUUACUGAGAUGUUUUCGGAGAAUACAUUUCGUACUCUUUACGCACGCACGCACGCACACAAACAGAAUCAAAGAGAGCACACUGCACAGCUGAACACACACUCACUCUCAAAGUCAAUGCAUUCAUGCACAAAACUGAUAACUACAGAGAACAGAUUGCACAUGCUCUCUUUCAAAGUCACUCACACAUACAUUCAGAGUAAGCACCACACACACACCCCUUUGCUGAGUAUCUCCUUACUGUAAAGCUUUUAUAUAGCCUAACUGUCAGACUCAGGUUUCCUGCAUUUGUCAGAUAAGGGCCGACUGGCUGGGGUGGGUAGUGAUGGGGGGCGACAGUGGGAGGUUUAGGGGGGUGGUAGGGGAGUUGAUCGAGUCUACCGGAGGGGAAGGAAGGGGUAUGGAGGAGGACAGACAGGGACAGUGAGGACACAGGCUGACCGCUCUGCAGGGCUUAUCUGAUCCUGUUGGCUUUGAGCCUGUCAGUCUGUCACUGCAGGAGGAGGGGGGCAGGGAGAGAUCUCUGACUCGUUUACUGUGCCUUCCUGUCUCAGGAGCUUUUGUCACCAUCUGGGAGAUAAGUGUGGUGCUCUCGCCGUGGUGCCAUCAGAGCUGGCAGACAGGCACCCCGUGGCCAGACGCCCAUAGAGAAACCUGGCACCUGGAGACACACACACACACACACACACACACACACACACACACACACACACACACACACACAUUGUAUACACGCUGAGCAAGGCUAGAUGGGUGCACAUACUAAUCUAGGCAGAUUGGCUGUAUUAGAACGCUCGCACAAAAGCCAAAAAUAUGGUUCACUGACAAUAUUUCUUAUUUUUUGUCCCUCUCUCUCCAUCCCUCUCUCCUCUUCUCCUUCGGUCCCUGUCAUUCGCUCCUACAGAACAGCCAGGUGGUGGAGCUGCAACGGACCAGUCUGCGUGAUGACAUCAAGGAGUAUAAAUUCCGGGAGGCACGUCUGCUGCAGGACUACACAGAGCUGGAGGAGGAGAACAUCUCCCUGCAGAAACAGGUCUCCGUGCUCAAACAGACCCAGGUAAGGAUCAACACAACCACACUGGGAGAGGGGUGGGAAGGGGUGGGCUGUGGGGCAUGGGGGAUGGUAAGGAGAAUGGGAAAGGGAACAUCUUCCUCCAGAAACAGGUCUCCUUGCUCAAACAGAGGAUUAGGGUGGGGCUAGAUGGAAUGGGGAAGGGGAAGGAAAAUGUUAAAAGAUCAACCCACCUUUUAUAUGUACUCCCUCACUUCUGCAGGCUACUCCUCCACUCACACUUCAUUAUGAACCCCUCCUCACUGCAAUUAUCUGCAUUUAGCUGAAUCUGCUCAUUAGGCCCAGUUAACCAAAUAGCUGCAGGCUCUUUGAACCUAUGCUUUGUGCUACUGUCUACUACACAUCCCAGUCUAUGUGCAACCUCCAGUUUUCCAUGUUCACACACCAUAGACCUCUACCUGUAUUAUCCUGUGUCUGCUGCCACAGCCCAAACAAGCCCUGGAAUACACUGAUUUAAUUCAGAUUAGAGAAACCACGCUCAGAUGUUAUAAAGAGAUUAAGCUUUAUGUGGGGGCCUAUUUGCGCCCGGAGAGAGGGGGAGCGUGUCUGAUUUUAACACAGUUUAAAGGGUGUGUUUCUGAUAGCUAGCUUUCCCUCUCCAUAGACCACAGAGACACCGAGAGAGAGACGUAGAGUUGCAAAGCAAAUACUCUGAUUUUAAUUCACACCGAUGGUAAGAGUAAAACCAGACACAAAAUAUAAGAGAAUCUACAAAUAGGGGAUUUCCUUUUGAAAUAGAUUUUUAUGUGGGAACCGCUAACAAUCUCUGUCUGCCCUAUAUGCAGGGAUUAUGUUUGUUAAAUUUAGAGGCAUGAAUUUAAAACAAAGACCUGUAGGCUAUAGUUUUGAUUGGCCAAUUACAGUACCAAAUCCUAUUUAGAUUAAAAGGCAAUUUUACACUUUUAAAAUCCCCCUUUUUAUGGAGACAAAAUGAGUUGAUUAAACCAGUAUGGCAUCCUAUUUGCAUUUCUCUCAUCUAAUCCCCGCCCUUCUACUUUGAUUGACACAUUCUUGUCUGUCCCGCCCCUACAGGUGGAGUUUGAGGGUCUGAAGCACGAGAUUCGUCGUCUGGAGGAGGAUACCCAGUUCCUGAACAGCCAAUUGGAGGACGCCAUCCGCCUGAAGGAGAUUGCCGAGCGACAGCUAGGGGAAGCACUGGAGACCAUCAAGACUGAGCGCGAGCACAAGGCCGCCCUGAGGAAAGAGCUCUCCCACUACAUGAGCAUAGGAGACUCUAUGUACCACAGGUACACACACAAUCAAAGUCACACCUCAUGCAUCCACCAAAGCCUUAGACAAUAUAAUAUAAUAAUAUUGAACUGUUAUGAGAAUAACAGUGAACUUCAUGUUUUCGUGUUCUCAUGUUCUGGGACUCUCCCUCUCACCAGCCCCCUCAGCAUCUCUCUGGAUGGACUCAAGUUCAGCGAUGACGCUGCCACGGAACCCAACAACGACGAGGCUCUCCAUGGUUACGAGAACGGCUUCAGCAAGCUGGCCAACGCCAUCGCUGAGGACAACCGUGCGUUCGCGCCCAAGAAGGGUGACCUGUUCCGUCCCGUCCCCAGCCUGGUAGACGACCUGCUGAGUGAACUGAACAUCUCUGAGAUCCAGAAACUCAAACAGCAGCUGCUGCAGGUACGUAGCUACACUCUACGAACCGUUCAUUCAUUGAGUCUGUCUGUGUUCACUGUGUACGAUAGGGUUAACAGUGAGGAAUAUCCAGCUGCUGCAGGUCAUUCAUUCAGUGAAUCGGUUUACACUGUGCAUGAUAUGAAUGACACCAAGGUUUGAAUUAUACAAUACACAUUGAUACUCAAAUAAUGUUCAAAACAAACUUUGAUAGCCAAGUGGGUCCAGUGGCUCUUUCGGCCAGGCUGCACACCUCUCAAUCCUGUUAGGGGUAGCUAAUCCUGUAGGACACACCCCCAGGACACACACACACACACACACACACACACAGACAGCAUUAGGUCAUUGAGGCAUGAGGUGCCAUCUGUCAGAACAUCAGAACGCCUCAGCUGUCUUCAUGGUUAAGCAGUGUGUGUACUGGUUGGAUACCUGUGGGUGAAAAGACUAAAGACCUUAGGACCAAACACAAUGAUGUUUUAAUGUUGUCCCAGGGUUGCCUAGAUGUUACCAUAGUGUUGCUUUAGUAUAAGUACCUUGACAUUUAACCUGUUCUGGUCCUUUGAUACUGAAUCUCAUGGGCAGCAGCAGGUGUUGGUGUUCAGCAUUAAGCCAACAUAGUGUCAACAAGCCCUCUAGGUCUCUUCUCCUCUGGCAGCCCAUUCCACAGAUUACUGGCGUGAAUCGCAACAGGGAAACCCAAACCUUCUUACUCAAUAAUUCAGCUGCCCCGAUGCUCUUCUCUCUCCUCAUCCUAUCCAUCACAGACUGAAUAAUCAAUCCCAGACAUUCGCUCGCAGCGGGUCACCCUACUCCUCAAUUGCAGCAGAAUCCAUACCUCCACUGUGCAAUCAGAUCCAAAAUGGCUGCCGUGGGAGUAUGAUGCCCACUCAUGUGUAACAGUUGCCCUGUUACACAGUAGGCCCAUUGGCCCACAUGCCUUUUACACAUUUAAGUCAGGUCAGUCUGCAUUAGAGGAUGGAAGAUGAGUCCCAGCUGUAACUAUAAUGCUUAACAUCUACUCUGAGGAAGUAAUUUGAUUUAAGACACACCUCAAGCUUGGCAUUACCAACAAGUUUGUCAAGGUCAUUAACGAGAAUUAGGGAGGGGGACAGAUUAGGUGGAGAAGGGAGGUGGGGUAUGGCAAGUGGUAUUCUUAAUGUUAAUAUCAUCACAUAAUUAUGUUUUUAUAUACUGUGCUUAAAAGAUACAGUAUGCUGAGAGUAACCUCCCUAUACCCGUCUUGUAUUCUAAAUCGAUAUGAAUCCAACCAUUUUCUCUUUUUAAGCCCCGUCAUCGAGGUAUAUUAAUCACAGCUGAAUAAUAGAUUAAGGUGAACAGGAAUGCGAUAGUCAUUUUUGACACACACCCAGCCUCUGAAAAUAGCUCUGUGCUGCCGAGGCCUGCACUACUCUGUGUGAGCGCUUACGUGUGUAAGUGGACCUUGGUCCCUCUGUCAACAAAGAAUUGAACCCAGUCCAGACUUCUCCAAGGUCACCUAGGCUCUGAAUUAGCAGUUCUCUCCUCUCUCUCUCUCUCUCUGAUGCUGUGGUUGGUUGGGCACAGAGACACACUGUCUUUGGUAACAUACUGCAGCCCCCUCAGUUAGCCCCUAAAACCUCCAGAGAUGUUAUCUGUUCUUUUGAAAAACAGCCACCUUCAUCAUCCAUUAGGUAGAGAGGAAGAGGGAUAGACAAAACACAAUGAAGUAGGAAGAUUAUACCUGCAUAAUUAUGCCUAAAUGGUCAUCUGUUUAUCAUUUGCGUCAGUCUUUUUUCUGUCCGGACACAUGUAACAUUACUUACCUUACCAAAUGAAUACAUCUGUCUUAUGCUCCGUCUCCCCCCGUCUAGAUGGAGCGUGAGAAGGUGUCUCUGAUGUCCACCCUGCAGGACUCUCAGAAGCAGCUGGAGCAAGCCCACGGGGCCCUGGAGGAGCACCAGGAGAAGGUCAGCCGCCUCAGCGAGAACCUCAACGCCAUCCGGAGGCUCAAGGCCAGCAAGGAGCGCCAGUCAGCCCUGGACAACGAGAAGGAGCGCGACAGCAACGACGACGGAGACUACUACGAGGUGGACAUCAACGGACCCGAGAUCCUGGAGUGCAAGUACAAGGUAAUUGAACAUGUAUACACACACACAGAGAUGUUGAAGCUACUGAAUUCCUAAAACUCUGACUAUUCCUAAAACUCUGCCUCUGGUUGUCUCAGGUUGCAGUGUCCGAGGCAGGUGAGCUGAAGGAGGAGUUGAAGACCCUGAAGGCAGAGUACCAGUCCUGUCAGUCACGCUACGAGGAGGAGCGAGGCCGUCUGGAGACUGAUGUCACGGCCCUGGGAGAGAAACUGGCCUCCCUGGAGAAGACCAGCCACGUGGAGAGAGAGGAGAAGGCCAUGCUGACGAAGGAGCUGCGCAAGGUGAGAAACACCCUCCAUGAUACAGCACUCCUGAUGUCUUAGGGUAGUUCAUGUUUUUGUUGUGGUGUUAUAUUGAUGAAUGGUUAUCUGUAGUUGAUUUGUCACUUUUCUCUGUGUAUGGAUUGUUUGUAUUGUUGUCCUCACACUUGCAAACCAGAUUUCUCGCUACAAUUAAAUGGUAUUAAUUGACAAAGUUUGUCUUUCUAUCUGUAAAGGUGAGUGACGUUGCGGGCGAGUCCCAGGGCAGCCUGAGCGUGGCGCAGGACGAGCUGGUCACCUUCAGUGAAGAGCUGGCCAACCUCUAUAACCACGUAUGCAUGUGCAACAACGAAACUCCCAACCGCGUCAUGCUCGACUUCUACAAGGAGGGCAAAGGCGGGCGCACGAGUCCCGAGGGUCGCGGCCGCCGCUCCCCCAUCCUGCUCACCAAGGGCCUGUUCCCCGUCCCCGAAGCUGCCGACAGCGCCCCGUCCCCUGUCUCCUCUCCCCCCUCGCCACGGGAGCCAAUGAACGUGUACAACCUGGUGGCCAUCAUCCGGGACCAGAUCAAGCACCUGCAGCUGGCGGUGGACCGCACCACAGAGCUGUCCCGUCAGAGGGUGGCAUCCCUGGAGCUGGGCGCCGUGGCUGAUAAGGACAAGGAGGCCUGCAUGGAGGAGAUCCUCAAACUCAAGUCCCUGCUCAGCACCAAGAGGGAACAGAUCGCUACACUGAGGACCGUGCUCAAAGCCAACAAGCAGGUCAGAUACUGAAUCUCUCUGUUUCUAUCUCCCUCCCCUAAGAAUCAGUCAGGAGACUGAGGCAGGGAGGUGGCUGUCUAAAGCCUCUUCAGCUGUCGCAGCAAAUGCACUGCAGCCAAGAUUCAUAACAAAACAACAUGUAGAGACAGCUAGUGGCUGUGGGUGUGUGUCUGUAUCUGUGUGUGAUAGAGUUAAAAAAAGAUGAAAGCUCACUAAAGCAGACACUCCCUGCCAGCCUUUAUGACAUAAAGCUGCAGGAAAAAUACUAAAAAUGACCCAUUUUAGUUGGUCUGACCCGUUGUUGUGUUGUGUGCCCCCUGCAGACGGCUGAGGUGGCGCUGGCCAACCUGAAGAGUAAAUAUGAGAACGAGAAGGCCAUGGUGACGGAGACCAUGAUGAAGCUGAGGAACGAGCUCAAGGCCCUGAAGGAGGACGCCGCCACCUUCUCCUCGCUCCGAGCCAUGUUCGCCACACGGUAAGAGGAAUACAUUAUCACACUCCUCGUUUAAAACAUGUUAGGAACUAGUGAUGGGAGAAAAAUUAUUAUUCUUUUGGGACGAUAUUAUAUCAAUAUUUGACUCCCAAGUAUUGAUUUGUAAAAAACUAAAUGUAAAAGCUUGCACUAGUCAGCUGUACCUGCGCCAAAACUCCAGUAUUUUUCAUCCUAUAGCUUGUUCUCCAUCUUCUUUUUAAAUAGUGAGCCAACAUGUUUUCAGAACAUUUAUUUCCCUGACUGACAAACUAAUUUUCUCAUGCUCUCUCUUGUCUCUCUGCAACAGACAUAUAGUGAGCAAUAUGUUUGGAACAUCAAAUCGCAAUAUCGAAUCGCAAUACAUAUAGAAUCAUGAGAAUCACAAUACAUAUCGUAUUGGCACCUAAGUAUUGUUUUAAUAUCGUAUCGCGAGGUCCCUGGGCAAUUCCCAGCCCUAUUAGGAACACACUAUUAGAAUCCUAGUUUAAAACACACAUUCAAAACAUGUUAUCACACACCUUGGCCACACAGAAAGAGAGUAGUCAGUCACCCAUGAUCCAAGAACACGCCUUGACACAUGCUCUGUCUGUAUACUAUAACAGAUUCAUCUGUGCAUAUGAGAUUAGGCUCUCUCGUUCCUUUAUGCUUUGUUUGCCACACUACAAGACAAGUACCAUAGCUAGUUCACCUACAGAAAUAAGCCCACUGUACCAAAAGAAAAGCACCAGCUCCAAUCGACAUUACAAGAGUAAUACACUGCAUAACAAUAACAGUAAUAUCAUUACAAUAUGAUGUUUACAUACACUUAUAUUGUUUACAUACAUAUGUAUUUAGCCUAUUAAAACGCUGUCGCCAUGAGAUGAAAUGGAAAGAUUUAUUGAGUGUUGUUUUUCUCUGUGAAUCUGGGCCAGUGGAGGACGCCCAUACGACGGCCACAUCUCUAAUCUGUAUGAUAAUUACUAUGCUGGAGAAGCAGUGUUUUAUAUGAUCAGUGACUGCUUAUCAGAUGGAGGGGCUACGUUAACCCCUUGCUGGCUAAACCUGCUGAUUCCCAUAAGAAGCAGGUCAAAGGUUCUCCUUAUAAUCCCUACCCCGGCCUGGUCUGGAUAACUACCUCAGAUACAAUGUACCGUAGUCUCACUGUACUGUAGUCUUCCUCAUGAAGGAGUGUGUUUGUGUGUGUGUGUGUGUGGGGGGGGGGGGGGGGGGGUCUAUGUUAGUGGGAAUAUGACAGUGACUAUGAAUGUGUGUGCAAUGUGUGUACACUAUAUACACUAUAUACAUGCAUGUAGCCCACUGCACAUUCUUGUGGUACUUUGUUUGGGCUGUUGUUUCGAUGUGGAGCUCAGUGCGUCCUCCCUUCUCCUGCAAACCCUCCCUGAACCAGAUGGCAACGCUGAGGCAGUCUCUCUCUGUCUUUAAGACUCCUCCGCUUACAGCAAAGCUCAUAUCAAGCUGUGCAGAAAGGAGAGGAGAGGGCAGUAGAGGAGGGAGGGUUGCGCCAUCCGUAGACAGUGUGCACUCAGCACCCCUCAUAUUUACAGUGGAGUAAUGCUACAGUAUAUCUACACUCCCAGUCCAUUACCUGGUCUUAUUGAGUAACUCUAUAUAACUGUAGUAGCUAAUGGAUUAGCAUGGCGGAGGAAACUGUCUUCCUCUGCAAAUAUGGGUGUGUUUCUCUUGCCCUAACAAUUUGGUGCAGUGCAGGGCCAGAUGGUCUGUUGAUGCGGGUGUUAAGCCAUCCCUCUGAAGACAUGAGAGGAAAUCAGCUCUCACUGAGCACCUCUGAGGAAGUCAUUUUGAAAAUAACUGACAUUGUGCUUAGAAUAGCUUUCACUGACCAAUCAGUUUUCAAACCAAGUGUUCUUUAAGAGGUACUGGCUAUUAACAGCAGAACGAGGGUGUUAGAUAUGAUACAGAGGAAAAUGGCAGCGCCAGAGAGUGUGCAUUUCCCUUGUCUCCCUCCUUGUCCCUCUUUACUGUUGUAAGAGACUGAAGAUGCUCAUAACACAACAAAACAAAACAAAACAUAGCUCAACUCUGCUCAGGGGGCCACAGGAAAUUGGUACUUAGCCUCUCCCUCAGUCUUUACAUUGUAUGGUGAUUUCUAUAUGCCUUAGAUAGAAUGUUCUGGUUUUGUUAUCCCCUAUAUUAUGGUUGUCACGAUACCAGUAUCGCGAUACUACGAUGGCAAAAAGCACCAAUCAGGACUAAAUUCUUUGGUCCUUUGAAAAACUGUAAAAUAUUGUGCUAUAGGAAAUCAAUCCGCUUCAUGUUUUGUUUCCUUGCCACGAUAACGCUGAGUUUCGCGAUACUGGUAUCGUGACAACCCUAACCUAUAUAGUGCACUAUAGGGAAUAGGGAUCCAUUUUGGACUUGGCCUCAGUAUGUUCUGGGCUGUGUACAGCCUGGGUAUUGGUGGUGGUGUUCAUUCAGGUCAUUCUGGAGCCUGUAUGUUAUUGAUAUGCUAAUUUUGGCCUAUAGAAUGAUGUUGGGGAAGGAGGAGGAGGGGGGAGGCCUCUUUUGAGAGGCUUUAAGAGGCAGAGGGACGUGAUUGACCCACGUUUCCCACACUCCCCCCGUUUCUUCCCUCGCUCCCCUCAUCCGUCCUCCAUCCUCACAGCAAUACACAAGGCCCUCUACCCUAUAGAGAGAGAGGGAUCGAGGGGGUGUCUUUCAUUUCAGCUUCUCUACAGGGGCUUCAUUUGAGAGUCUUUCUCAUGGUUAUUCCAUCUUUGACAUACUCUGUCGACUUAAAUGUAGAUUUUGGGAUUUCUGAGAUUUUCAGUGGACUGCCUCAGUUUCGAGUGUGUGGCCUGAAUGGAGUGGGACUGAAUGAAUGUGCAAAUCUUUGUGUGACCCUUUUGUAUAAUGCAAGCUCCUAAUAUGUGUGUUUUAUGUCGGUUUGUAUGUCUCCAUCUUGUGUGUGUGUACAGUAAGAUCCUGUCUCUUACAUUCCUAAGACCAGUGCUUAAUUUGUAAAUUGGGAGGUGCCGGAACAAAAAGUGAGUGUGAGAGGUGGGUGGGGGAGUUCUGAGGUACCGGAACGCAUAAGAAAAAAAAGUAACCUUUAUAUUAAAGCGUUGCAUGCAUAGCAUCACAUUUGCAUAGUGGCAUAGAGCAGUAGAGUAGAGACAACAAUGGGGAACAUUUUUAGUAGCCUAGGGUCUGGGAAUUUUUUUGCCUUUUAUAAACGCAUUUCAUGCAAUUGUACCUCUUUUAACAUGACUGGAGACACUACUCUGAAUGUGGAGACUGUUCUUCUACAAAGGGCCAGCCGCCACCCAGGGCCAUUGUGGCCCUCCAGCCCCUCUAUCAGGCCAAGAAGGGCACCAUUGUAUCCCCUCAUCCCUAGAAUGGAACCCCGUCUUUUUUCCCGGGAAAACCCACGCCCUCUUACGCCCUCCACCCAGCAUGGCUGGUCCAUCUUAAAGGGCACUGCGACCCCUGGGAAACCGCCCACCCCAUUCGCCAUCUCAAACUG